GUGCUGCCUUACCUGAUGCUUCGGACUCUCAUAUUUGCAAAGACUUUGCAACGCCAUCUAGUUUCCAAUUCACAGAUCGCCAAGAUGAGCACCAUCAAGGUCGGAGACCAGCUGCCAGACGCCACCGUCUACGAGGGAACUCCUAAAGAUGCCGUGAAGAUCCGUGAUCUUUUCGCUGGCAAGAAGGGUAUCUUGUUUGGAGUGCCAGGGGCGUUCACUCCAGGCUGCUCGAAGACACACUUGCCAGGAUACGUGGGAGACUAUGACAAACUCACUAAGGCUGGUGCAGAAUUGAUUGCAUGCGUCACUGUGAACGAUGCCUUUGUGGCAGCAGCAUGGGGCGAGGCAAACGGUGCUGAUGGCAAGGUCAAGAUUCUGGCUGACCCCCAUUUGGAGUUGACAAAGGGGCUUGGGCUGGUGCUUGAUGCUGAGGGCAUGCUGGGAACCAAGCGCUCGAAGAGGUACAGCGCAAUUGUCAAGGACAACGUCAUCACUCACCUCAAUGUGGAGCCGGAUGGCAGUGGUCUCACAUGCUCCCUGGCGAACGUUGUCCUGAACCAGCUGAAGGAGUAGGGUUGUUGGGAGUGGCCAGAUAAUUCUACGCGGGAAAACUUGCAGCCUGCUGCGGCCCUUCAAGCUCGGUGUUCAGACUUUGCAUUGCAGCGAUCAGUGAGUACGAGUGGUGGUCAAGGACACUAGAACUUCAUCUGUCCUCUAUAGUUUGGAGUUUGCGAGGCACCCUCUGUGGAAGGCCGCCAUCUGUCAGACUGUUGGAUUCAAUUUGCAGGCGUUCUUGUCUAUUUCAGAUGGAAGUCGAUGACACAUGUGGUAGGUACUACUUAGUAAGACCUGGAAGUAGGCAGGUACUAUAUUCUGGACUCACAUGGUGGGUCUUGCAGGUGACGAAAAGUUGCCGCUGUUGCAUUUCUUCAGUGUAAUCUGAUCUUGCUGCAUAU